GCACGUCUCUCUGCUACCAUUCGCACAGAAGCCUUCUCAGGCAGCACGCGAACGACGGCCGCCGCCCGCGCGCAUAGUUGCAUAACAGGAUAUAAUGCGAAAAUAGAACGUAGUGAUUUAAUCUGGACAAUAGUGAAGUGAUUUUAUUACAAUGGGUUUAGAUUUCUUGGAACAUGGAGCGGACUUCGAAGCUGCUAUUUCGGCGACUGGCUUUGGUCGAUUCCACUUCUGUCUCCUCGCCAUCACCGGACUGAUUUACGCUGACACUGCCAUUGGUAUCACGAUUGUGUCUUUCGUGUUGCCGGCAGCGACAUGUGACUUCAAAAUGACAUCUUCUGAUAAGGGGUGGCUGACGGCUGCCCCUAUGUUGGGUAUGGUCAUCGGUUCCUACUUCUGGGGAUGUCUGGCAGAUACCAAAGGUCGUAAGGUUGUACUGGUCUCCACACUUCUGUUGGAUGGCUUCGUUGGCAUCUUAUCGUCAUUUGUCCAGAUUCUACCCAUUUUCAUGGCUUGUAGAUUCAUUAACGGAUUUGCCGUCGCUGGCGCUAUGGGUAUCUGUUUCCCAUACCUGGGCGAGUUCCAGGCUACCAAAUACCGUGAGAAAAUCCUGUGCUGGAUGGAAAUGUUCUGGACACUCGGUGUCAUCUUGCUACCACUUUUCGCCUGGGCUAUCAUCCCGAUACAAGGCAUCAGGAUGGAAGCAAGUGGCUUCUCGUACGACUCAUGGAACUGGUUCGUCGCUGCUUGCGCCGUGCCGUCUCUCCUUCUCGGGUUCUGGCUUAUGACCUUCCCCGAAAGUCCCAAGUUUAUGAUGGAGUGCGGUGACUACGAUGACGCGCUUGCAUGCCUGAAGACCGUGUACAAACAGAACACUGGCGAUGACCCCGACAACUAUCCGAUCAAAAGCCUCAAGGAGAAGCAACGCACGAUAUCAGUGGCGUCACAGAGCUCUCAGAAAUCCGUGCGAUCGCUCAGUAUGCGCAAGCCCAAGGAUCUUAAACGAUUGUUCAGUGAAAUCUGGGCUCAGACGAAGGCGCUAUGCAGACCUCCCUACCUCAAAUAUACGAUACUCACUUGUCUCAUCCAGUUUGGCUUAACGACUAGCUACUACACCCUAAUGAUCUGGUUCCCCGAGUUGUUCAAUCGUUACGAAGAAUUCGAGCAUCGUUUCCCAAACACCUCUGCGUCUGUGUGUGAAGUUGCUGGAGUUGUCGUCAACGACGAUUCCGCCGAUCCUUUCGACUGCGAGAAGAUAAUCGAUCAGAAUGUGUACAUGCACACAUUGAUCGUCGGUCUGGCCUGCAUCCCCACAUCUUUGUGGCUUCCACUCUGCGUACACAAGCUUGGUGCCAAGUUCUUCUUGAUCUUCUCGCUGAGUUGCGCUGGUGCCGUCACAGUUGGUCUCCUCUUCAUCGAGAACUCAACUCAAAACUUGGUGCUAUCCUGUAUCUUUGAAGCCCUCACCUCGCUCGCUAUCAGUCUUGUGUUCUGUGUGCUGGUAGAUCUGUUCCCUACAAACCUCAGGGUAAUGGCAGCAGCUUUAUCACUGACUGCGGGACGAGGUGGUGGUCUCAUGGGUAACUUAUCGUUUGGAUACCUAAUCGACAUCAAUUGUGUUGUGCCUAUAGUGGCGUUUGCGGCGUUCUUAUUCAUCGCCGCAGCCCUUUGCUUCCUCUUGCCAAAGACAGGGCAGGAGGCCCUCGACUAGACGAGUUACAAUAGCUAGCUUAGAUCAGUGGUACUCAACCUUUCCUCGAAUACCUCAGCCUAAAGGCUAAACUGAGGGUUGGUCAUCGCUGAAUUCACUUCGCCGUUUUUAGACAUUUCGUCAACUUGGUUGAGUAUGUCCCUAGAUACUUGUACAUAUUAGAAUGUAAAUAACGGAAUAAGUAAUAACGUCCCGGGAUCGGCGCAUUCUGUGAUUCAGUACAAUUUAUUGAAAUACAGAUUAUUGUAAGAUUGAACAACAGUAUUUUAGUGUUGACUUUGUAAUAUAAUGUCCUUAAAUUAUUACUAUAUUUAUUAUUAAAGGUUAAUUCGCCUAUUAAA